AUGCACUCGUUAACCAUUUCUUCAGGUCUAUCUAUCUAUCUAUCUAUCUAUCUAUCUACAUAUCUAUCUCAGUCGUUUCGUAUCUAUCUAUCUAUCUAUCUAUCUAUCUAUCUAUCUAUCUAUCUAUCUAUCUAUCUAUCUAUCUAUCUCAGUCUUUUCGUAUCUAUCUAUCUACAUAUCUAUCUCAGUCUUUUCGUAUCUAUCUAUCUACAUAUCUAUCUCAGUCGUUUCUAUCUAUCUAUCUAUCUAUCUAUCUAUCUAUCUAUCUAUCUCAGUCUUUUCGUAUCUAUCUAUCUAUCUAUCUAUCUAUCUCAGUCGUUUCGUAUGUGGCUAUCUAUCUCAUCGUUUCGUAUCUAUCUAUCUAUCUAUCUUUUUAUUUCAUUAUUCUGUGAUUCUUCCUCUUUUUCAUUCAUUCUAGCUCACGGAUUUCCAUCUUUUAUAACUCGCUUUCUAGUUUCUCGUUUUCUCUCCUUGUCUAAAUCCACCCCAUCACACACCCUGGAAUCUUUCCUCUCUUCCCAUUCAUUCUUCGAUUCCUCAAUUUCAUAUAUGUGUCGGUUUCUGUACAUACGUCUGGACGGAAAACGUUCUCAGACAGCAUUCCUUUCACUCACACUAUCUUGUCACCUUUCAGCACAAAAUCCCGCUCGAAGAACCCGCUGUGUACGUAAAUAG